UGUUGCCCUAGUUAUUGUCUCGAUUUCUCUGUAAAACCACAAGGGCCUUGAUAUAUCUCAAACUCCAAUCUCGUCUUCUACCCCUUUCCCUUCUUCUUUUGCCCCUGCAACCUUCAACAAUCUCUUGCCCCUUCUUUCUUUUCUCAUCCCAGUUUUCCUCAAUUACCCCAUCUCCCUUACCCGCCAUCUUUUUCAUUUUCAAAUUUGCCUUUCUUCUUCAACCCUUUGAAACCCUAAUUUGGCUUUUGGGGAGAUCUGGUUUCAACUCUUUUAAUUCUCUAAAGCUUGGAUUUUUAAUUCAUUUCAAGCUUCGGGUUUGUCAGGUACUGUUGAAAAAUUUCAGAGCUUUAGUAUAUCUUAUUGGAGAUUAGGGUUUUGAGUUUAGUUUUCUUCAGUUAGAUCUAUUGAGUGAAUGAUUAAAUUGUGAUGGCAAAUCACGACUUGAUACUCGGGCAGAAUCGAGAUUUAAAUCUUGGACACAGUCACCAACAGUUGGGUCUUGGGCAUAAUAACCACGUGGGUUUGGAUUUAGGACAGAGUAAUGAUUUGGAUUUAGGUCAUACGACUGAGGACCAUGAACAAAGCUAUAGUUUGCAGCAGAAUCAUGAGAACAACCAGAGUGGAUUAGAUUUGGGUCAGAAUCAAAACCCUGAAAAUGAACAUGGGGGGAGUGUGGAUGAUGAGCAGCAUCAAAUGGUUAUUGCUGCGCAACAUCAUGACUUGGGUUUGGGAGAUGAUCAUGAAUUAGUGGUUUCAGAUGGAAAUGAGCUUGAGCAGAACUUAGAUUUAGUGGUAGACCAGAACCAGGAGAUGGGUCUCGAAGCUUCUGAUGAUAUAGUACAGCAGCAUCAUUUGUUAGUGACUACUCCUGUUGUUCAGUCGCGUGCGCUUGUACCAAAUCCUAACUAUGAAUUGGCUGUUGGACAAGAGUUUUCGGAUGUUAAGAGCUGUAGAAGAGCUUUAAGGGACGCAGCAAUUGCUCUUCAUUUUGAGAUACAGACUGUCAAGUCUGAUAAGACACGUUUCACAGCUAAGUGUGCCAGUGAAGGAUGUCCAUGGAGGGUUCAUGCUGCAAAGCUUCCUGGUGUUCCUACCUUCACAAUCAGGACCAUAAACGAAGGACAUACAUGUGGAGGUAUCACACAUCUUGGUCAUCAGCAAGCUUCGGUUCAAUGGGUUGCAAACUCUGUUGAACAACGCCUUAGGGAGAAUCCUCAUUACAAGCCAAAGGAGAUACUCGAAGAGAUCCAUAGAGCUCAUGGGAUCACAUUAUCGUACAAGCAAGCAUGGAGAGGGAAAGAGCGAGUUAUGGCCGCUGUUCGUGGCUCGUUUGAAGAAGGGUAUCGUCUCCUUCCCCAGUACUGUGACCAAAUCAAACGAACGAAUCCAGAGAGUAUUGCAUCAGUUUACGGGAAUCCACAGGAUAGCUGCUUCCAGCGUCUUUUUGUUUCAUUUCAAGCAUCGAUCUUCGGUUUUGUGAAUGCUUGUCGGCCACUACUUGGUCUUGAUAGAACACUCUUGAAAAGCAAGUACCUUGGGACCUUGCUGUUCGCCACUGGUUUUGAUGGUGAUGGUGCUUUAUUUCCUUUGGCUUUUGGAGUAGUUGAUGAGGAAAGUGAUGAUAACUGGAUGUGGUUCUUAUCCGAGCUUCACAACUUGCUGGAGGUUAAUACGGAGAACAUGCCAAGGCUGACUAUCUUAUCUGAUAGGCAGAAGGGUAUUGUAGAUGGCGUUGAAGCGAAUUUUCCAACUGCUUUUCAUGGAUUUUGCAUGCGUCAUCUUAGUGAUAGCUUUCGCAAGGAGUUCAAUAAUACAAUGCUGGUCAAUCUACUAUGGGAAGCUGCUUGGGCUCUUACUGUUAUUGAGUUUGAAGCCAAAAUACUGGAGAUUGAAGAAAUUUCACAAGAUGCUGCUUAUUGGAUUCGAAGAAUCCCACCUCGUCUUUGGGCUACAGCUUAUUUUGAAGGAUCUCGUUUCGGGCAUCUGACGGCUAACAUAGUUGAAUCCUUGAACUCUUGGAUACUUGAAGCGUCUGGUCUUCCUAUAAUUCAAAUGAUGGAAUGCAUUCGUAGGCAGCUUAUGACUUGGUUUAAUGAACGCCGAGAAACAAGUAUGCAAUGGACUACAAUACUUGUGCCAUCUGCUGAGAGAAGGGUUGCUGAGGCUCUGGAGCGGGCUCGCAGUUAUCAAGUGCUUCGUGCUAAUGAAGCUGAAUUUGAAGUGAUUUCUCAUGAAGGAACGAAUAUCGUGGAUAUUCGAAAUCGUUGUUGUUUGUGUCGUGGAUGGCAACUUUAUGGGAUUCCUUGUGCCCAUGCUGUUGCAGCGCUUCUCUCUUGUCGGCAGAAUGUCCAUCGAUUUACUGAAAGUUGUUUCACUGUUACAACUUACCGGAAAACAUACUCACAGACUUUGCAUCCUGUUCCUGACAAGACCCUCUGGAAAGAAGCAUCUGAGAGUGGAGCAAAUCCAGCUGCCGAAGUACUCAUCAACCCACCUAAGUCACUUAGACCACCUGGACGGCCAAGGAAGAAGCGUGUUCGUGCGGAAGAUCGUGGUCGUGUGAAGAGAGUUGUCCAUUGCAGCCGCUGCAACCAAACAGGUCAUUUUAGAACAACAUGUGCAGCACCUAUAUAAGGCUUCCGUUUUCUUCUCUGUUAUUAGGAUUUGAUUAAUUAUGUUCUUGUGUGAGAAGUAAGAAAAGGUUAGAAGGAAAGUUUGCUAGUGCUUGUGUGCAAAUCUAGGUAAAUUUAUUCCAUGUCAUUUGUAUGAGUGUUAAGUUCAUUGGCUGCAUUCGAAAAUCUCACCAUAGUUAAAUAAGUCAUUGUUUUAUUUCCUCCUAUCAGUACUUACCCCCAAUGGACAAUCGCUAAUGUAUGAUAGUGCAUGGUAUUAAUUUAGCGAAGUAUCUGGGAAGCAUAACCCUGGAGCAGUUUACUGUAAGUCUGGCUCCACUAGUUAAGAGUUUCUAUUUUUGCUUCAA